CAGGCCAUCAAGGGUAUGCAUAUUCGAAAAGCCACCAAGUAUCUGAAAGAUGUCACUUUGCAGAAGCAGCGUGUGCCAUUCCGUCGUCGCUACAGUGGUGGAGUUGGUCGGUGUGCGCAGGCCAAACAGUGGGGCUGGACACAAGGUCGGUGGCCCAAGAAGAGUGCUGAAUUUUUACUGCACAUGCUUAAAAAUGCGGAGAAUAAUGCUGAACUUAAGGGUUUAGAUGUAGAUUCUCCGGUCAUUGAGCACAUCCAGGUGAAUAAAGCCCCCAAGAUGCGACGUAGAACCUACAGGGCUCAUGGCCGGAUUAAUCCAUACAUGAGCUCUCCCUGCCACAUUGAGAUGAUUCUUACUGAAAAAGAGCAGAUUGUUCCUAAACCAGAAGAGGAGGUUGCACAGAAGAAAAAGAUACCCCAGAAGAAACUGAAGAAACAAAAACUUACGGCCCGGGAGUAAAAUCUGCAUAGAAUAAAUGCAAAUAAAAA